CCCUAAUUGAAAAAUUGCACCACAGAUAUGAAACUGUUUGUAAACAUUGAAAUGCUGAUAAAAGCAACUUUCAGGCCAUAUUUAGCCAAAGCCUCCAUAGACACCAAGGAGAGAACGACUGAGGAACUCAGUGAUAAGAGGUGGGCAGCAUCUGUAAAGUUAAAAAGAAGAGAUAAAUCAAAUAAAAGGUUGCAGUCCUCCUACGGGUAGAAGAUCAAACAUGGUGCUGAAGUGCAGUAAACUCAAUACCAACACUGGCAACACUAUUCGCGGUGUGUCAACCCGCUACAAAAAUAGAUACUCUACACAAGCUGUCAUUUGCAAAGAGGCUAUUAACAUAGAAGACCAUGAUGCAAAUGAUGAUAGUGACUUUGCAGAGUUCAAAGGUGGUAUAGAAUACUCCUUAAACAAAGGCUAUCGCUGGACGAUUCCAAAAUGUAUCGAGGCUGAAACUUACAAGAAAUCCUCUAAACAUGAUCAUAAGCUGACACUCAUUGAAUUCCACAAGCUCACAAAACCAAACUCCUGUAUAAGUUACCAUAGCAACAAAGGUAAAAUCCGCCACUUUGCCAACAAAAUAGCAAGAAAGGACAUCAAGCCUAGAAGAAGCAAACUACAUCACUCGACCCCAAAAACUUACAUGAAUGGAAAAAGUAUAAUUGUUCAAUCUGAUUUAACACGCCAUCCACGCAAUGCGCCAUUGGAGAUGGAGCGAGUUGUUAACUAUGACAGUGAUGAUGAAGAUUAUGGGGUUACAAGGGAGGUACCAGUUUACAGAAAUGCCGCCCCAGAAGUCAGAUAUAGCGUCUACUACCCUUGUCCAAAGAACAGUGCUCUUACUGUUAAACCCAAUUUCAUUGGAGAUUAUGAAGUCAAUGAUUAUAACAGACGCAGCUCUGGUAAGUCAGCUGCUAGUGGUAAAAGAGGGAAGAACGCACGUAAUGCAAGCAACCUUAAUCAGCACCUCUAUGACUAUGAUUAUUACUCCGAUGAUGAGACAAAUGAUGAAGAUGAAUCCUACUUAAAUACACCAGCUACCUGUUCUCUGGCUGAACUCCUUGAGAAGGCUGAGAGAAUACAACAGUCUGAUGAAUUUGCUAAUCUGGAAGCAAAGAAGCUUACUUCCAAAGUCGCAACUAAAUCCAAAUAUGGUAAAGGUUGUGCCAUCUAUAUUGACAAUGAGGACAAACUAAUUGAAGAAGAAGUUGCAGUUCAUGAACCAAACUUUACUGUUCGACCUGAAGCUCUCCCUAUUACUGUUCAACUCAUAUCUGACACUCUUAAACCUCGUUUUCUAAUGGAAAAAUAUGGGGAGAAAUACACAGAGGGUGGAACCCUUCCCAGAAGUUUCACCAUCAAUAUUACAGAGAAUGUUACUGAGUUGCUAGGACACAGUGAAUUGAAAGGUUCUGAUUGGUGCAGAGAUGUUGAUCUGGACUCAUGGCUUGUAUGUGAGGUGAUUGAGACAACAAGUGAAGGAUCAUCAGCAGCAAGAUUGUCCCUAUUGUGCAAUACUGGAGUGGAAUCCAUCUCCAUCGAGACUCUGUGUGAGGGUGAACUCUACACAAUGGAGGAUGCUGUCUUUGCAGCUACCCUAUAUAUGGAUACACUACCAAUUGAAAGCUUCAAGUUCAAAGAGAGAUCACAGAAACCUGUUGGACUUAAGGGGAAUCAAAUAGUUAACUUUGAACUAUUGAACUCUGCAACAAAGUGGCAGACAGGGGCAAGCACAGUAGAAGAGGCAUAUGCUACAGUGGAAGACACAUCUCAAGCAAAGGCCUUCCCCCUGAGGCAACUGUCUCUUGUUGGACAUGAACUUGAGGAAUGGACAACAUUUUGUGGAAUUUGCUUUGAUGAGGUAGAUAUACAUGAGGCUGGGGCCAUGGCUUUCUUGCCAUGUCAACACUGGUUCUGUAGUGCAUGCUGGCAGAGACAUCUAGUUGGAGGAAUCAGAACUGGAGUUCCAUCACUCAAGUGUCCAGAAUACAAGUGUGAUAAAGAAGUUGAUGGAGUAACUGUGCUCAAGUCAGUUGGAGUGAACCUCUACAAACAAUACAUGGAUAGAUGUCAGAUCAACAAACUGCAAACAACACUGAACAUGAAAUGGUGUCCCAACCCUAAAUGUGGUCGUGUCAUAACUGCUGAUACUAAAGAUGAGGCUGCAAAUAUAUCCUGCAAGUGUGGUAAUAACUUCUGCUUCCAAUGUCUUGGUCCUGCUCAUUGGCCAUCCACUUGUGAACAAGCAAAGAACUAUAUCAGCAGGCUAAAAUCAUUUGGUGACUAUUAUGACAUGGACACGUCUCCAUUCAACAAAUUUCUUGAGGAGUGCAAGAUCUGCCCCUGGUGUAAAGGAAUUGUGUCCCGGAUUGAUGGAUGCAACCACAUGACCUGUCGCUGUGGAAAAGCAUUCUGCUAUAAUUGUGGUCACAAAUUUACACCCACCCAGUAUUAUCAUAAUUGUAGAUUUGUGAAAAAGAAGAUUGUGCUGCAGGAUGUGAAACCAGGCCCUGAUAAGAAAGUGAAGGGCAAGUACUAUGUGGCUUCAGUUGAACAAAGACGUUCAUAUCAUUCUACGAAAGUGCAACAAUUAAAGCUCAGGGGAAAAGAACUGUCUGCUAAAAUAAAGACACCUAGAAAAGAAUUUGGGAAAAAGCAAAUUUCUUACAGUGAUCUGUUGAAGGCUUGUGAGAAGAGUGUUGAAGAGAAGCAACAUAUCAUUGACACAAUCAACUCAUCUAUAUCAGUCAGUGUCCAGCUUCAUUACCUUGCGGAGCAUGUGGCAGUGUGUCUUCAAAAUACAUCCAGUCCCAAGCAAGCUAGGGUGAAGAAACUGGUAACCAUGUUGGAUAAGAUGGUAUUCAUUACCACUCAUAUUGAUGAUAUCAUUCUUGGAAAGCUUGUGGUUCCACCAAAGAAUGUCAUAGAGAGACUGGAGCAACUGGUGAGCAAGGGAAAAGAAUGUGUGAUGUGUCUGGUCAAACUAUUGAAAGCACCAGAACACUCCAAAGAUGCACUCGCAAAAUCUACUAUUGAUGAUUGGAUUGUAGUGUAAACUGAGCUGAUAAAGAUUGGCACAUAGUUAUGGACUUACAGAGAUGUGCAAAAAUGAUAUCUACGAAGAGUGGGGACACUUAUAUAAAAUGAGAAACUGAAUUAAUUGGAGUUCAUGUUUCUAAAUCAAAAAGCAAAAUAUAAGUGGUGAAGAUGCAAGACUAUUUUUCUGAACAUUUCAUUUAUUUAGGUUCUUUUAUUGGUUUGCCCUUUCAAAAUUAUGGAAAAUUAUUAAUCUGGGGGUCAUUUACAGAAACUUCAUAAAGUUACAAAUUCAUAAAUC